AUGGCCACUUCGGAAUAUUCUAAUUGCCAGACGCCUCUAUCGCCUUCAAUAUACGCCAAGAGAUCUCCAGGAGAUAUUGAAGAAGGCAGACAUGUGUAUCGACCUGGCGGAUUCCAUCCGGUCUACGUUGGCGACAUAUACCACGACAGGUACGAGGUACUAAGUAAGCUCGGCUACGGCGCCUAUUCCACCGUUUGGCUUGCCAGAGACACUCAGAGACAGAAGCGAGACUCUUCUGAGUUCAUUGCCCUCAAGGUUCUUAGUGCCGAAUGUUACGGUGCAGAGAAAGAUCUCUUUGAGAGAGAGAUUUUGACACAUCUGAAAAAUGGAAACCCUAAGCAGGUUGGGUACGACCAAAUCUGCCACCUGGUGGAUGACUUUGAGCACAAGGGCCCCAACGGGACGCAUGUAUGCCUGGUGUUUGAGCUUAUUGGAGAGAGUCUCCGUAGUUUUGGCGGCUGGUUCCCAGAAAGCAUGAUCCCAGAAUCGGUUAUGCGACGCUUUACGAUUCAACUGCUACUAGCGCUGGACUAUGCUCAUGACCAUAAUGUUAUCCAUACAGAUAUUCAACCGAGCAACAUUUUUGUGAAAAUGAGAGAUUACACUCUUAUAGAAUCUGGCUACCUAGUCAAGGAGUUGAUGCCACAUCAGGAAAAGAAUGAAGAGCGAUAUACCGUCGUUCCUUCUCGUUCUUUUCGUCGUUAUUACUUCAACAUCACCGACAAUUUUUCUCACUUCGAUAUCGUUCUCGGAGACUGGGGGGUCUCGAGCUGGGCCGACAAACACCUCACAGAGAAGAUUCAACCUGUCGCCCUCCGCGCCCCCGAGGUUCUGAUCGAAGCCCCAUGGGAUGCUACAACGGACUUUUGGAACCUUGGCGCUGUCCUCCUGGAACUGUUUUGCGCGGUGCGCAUGUUCAGCGGUGAAGUUCCUCCUGAUGGACACUACGAGCUUAAACAGCAUUUAACAGAGAUUGUGGAUCUCUUCGGCCCUGUCCCCAAGGCUUUUACUGGAGAAAGGUUGUCAAGAUAUCGUCCAAUUGGUUUUUAA